AAUGGGCCCACAAGAACCUCUAUUACUUGGAGAAAACUCUAGCUCUCUCUCGCUCUCUUUAUCUCAUAAAGGGGCUCUUUUUUUAGAUAUAUAUAUUCUCUAGACAGCUCCACUCUCAGUUCAACCCCACUCAAAAGUGUCGUGCAUGUUUUGGAGCGCAAAAAACUAUACAACGAGUACUCUCUAGAGCAUUAUGGGACCGAUCCCCAUAGUCCCUGGGAGAAUAUUGCAGUCCGCUACCAUCACUACCAUCCUUGCAGGAGGACUACAAAUAAUGUCUUGCCAUAUCGACCCAUAGUCCUUACCAAAACCUGCCGCCCUCAAAAGUCGCGCGACCAGAAAGACUGUCAAUUGCGGUCCCGUCUAGUCUACUCUUCUCUGCAUUCCCCCCGUUGGGCCGCCAGUUCCCCCAGACCUCCGUGAACACUACUGUAGUGAGUGUUCAUAAUCAACAAAACCCUACGCAUGGCCCGGCCCUAACAUAGGAACACGAACACCAGCAUAGCGCCUCAUCUGAGGUGAUAAGAUCAUAAACCCUAUUGCCCAAAGUCUUACAACCUUUUCUAAAACUCAGACCCAUAGACAGCCAUCACGCUUGGCCCUAUUAAUAGAUGAGCCUUCUAGCUUCCCCCCCCCUCCUAUUUAUUCCCCCUCCUCCACGGUCCCCACUCACCACCCCACUCAACCCUUACCGGCAACACACUCAGCCCAGGCACACAAGAGAAUAUCUUGCUCUCAUAAUGUGGGCCAACGACACCCGUACUACUACGGGGACGAAUUCAAUCCCAAUCGGGAGAAAACGUCGUCUUGCUGCCCUCAUGAACACAGACGAAAACAAAACCUCCCUAGCCACUGUUAGCUCUGAUCAAGAAACAUCCGGGAGCUCACUCGAUAUUGGGAAUGGUGUUGUGGAAGCUGCACCUACAAAAAUGGCCAGAACUCUUAGUGAUGCAUCUUCUGCCAAUCUGAAACAGGCAGAUAUUGAUGACAUUCCUAGGGGACGACAAAGACUACGUCACAGCUCUGCCCGGACUCAUCCCAAGUCUCGUUGGGGAAGCGAGUCAAUCAAGAGCACUAUUAGCGUUGACAACCUGCCUGCUUCAAUUCCAGUGUGUAUGAGUCUUGAGGAUACCGAGAUGUAUGUACGUAAAGUACGCAUCGAGGAGAUCACUCAGAAGCUUACUACUAAUAUGAUUGUGCCAAAUGACAAACGAUCUCUCUCUCCGGACCCUAUUUAUGACACGACCGGUCGUCGCAUAAAUGUUAGAGAGACCAGAUACCGAGAGCGUCUAGAAGCUGAGCGUCAUGACUUGGUGGCAAAGGUUUCACAAAUGGAUCCGCAAUACAAGCCUCCUAGUCAAUAUAGAAGACCUGUCAACAAGCAUGAAAAGGUCUAUGUACCUGUCGAUGACUAUCCAGAGAUUAACUUUAUUGGCUUGCUCAUUGGUCCCCGUGGACAUACUCUCAAGCGUAUCGAGAGAGAGUCCGGGGCUAAAGUUGCCAUUCGCGGCAAAGGCUCUAUCAAAGAGGGGAAAGCAAGGAGUGAUCUCGCCGUGACAUCUGACCAGGACGAAAACUUGCAUUGUCUCAUCAUAUCACCCAACCCGGCCUCUACCGUCAAAGCCAGGGAAAUGAUUAACGAGAUUAUCGAGACUGCUGCGUCGACACCCGAAACCAUGAACGCACUCAAGCGUAACCAGCUCAGGGAAUUGGCUACCUUGAACGGGACCUUACGCGAUGAUGAAGGAAAGACGUGCUCAAAUUGCGGUGAGGUUGGUCACCGAAGAUACGACUGUCCCAAAGAGACCAACUACACAGCAGGGAUAAUUUGCAGGGUCUGUGGUAACGGGGGGCAUUUCGGCCGAGACUGCUUAGACCGCCCGAAAGGUCAAGGUUGGCAGGGGAAACCUUCCAAUUCCAAUCCUCGAGACCAAGAAUAUGAUGAAUUUAUACGAGAUGUCCUAGGAGAUGCAGAACCUGCUGCUGGGGAAAUUGCAACCGCUCCUACUGAGGCAAACCUUCAUCAAGCUGGUGGUGAUAACAGCCAAGGGAGGGAAUUGGGGUCUGCCCAAGCCCCGUGGAAACAGGCAGGCGGGACCCUAGUCAAGUCAUCGGAGCCUAGUUCAACCGCUGCCGAACCCCCGUGGCGACGGCCAAGUACAUCUUUCAUCAAACCUCAUGAGAUCAGAGAGAAUCCCAUCCCUAAAAGCUAUCAAGCCCCUUGGGGCCAAGCUCGCCCAUGGACACAAGUAGGAAGUGCAAACGGGGGCUCGGGAGGCAUGGGUCAAUUCCAAAAUAGCGGAAACAGUAACUCGCGUAACCCGCUCGCAUCCAAUGGUCCCCCCGAUAAUAUCGGAUCCAGAGAGAGAGGCACCGGCGCUGAGAUGGAAUUUGGGGCCAGCAGCAAUAUCUCUCUACAGAAAUACCCCAGCGAAUAUGGCAGCUUUGGGGAUUCUCAGGGCUAUGAGGGAGACAGACAGGUGACUCAUAGUAACCCACACGGUUUCCAGAAUCAUAUCCCUUCAAAAAACCACGCGGCCUAUCAUGGUGGGCCACAAUCUCAGCAACUCUCGAAUAGCUCUCACCCCCUUCACCCCCAGGUUUAUCCCCCUAUCCCGGGUCAUCCAGGGUUUCACCAGACUAUAAAGGAGCGUCUUGACAACGGAUUGCAUUCUCAGUUUCGUCCUCCGCCACCCCCCCUGGAGGCCCCUCCGCCAUCUCCCCCUCCCCCUCCCCCUCCUUCCUUUCCACCUUCCAGUAGCUCUAUCUCUCCCAAAUAG